GCCGCGGCUCGGCCGAGUCUUCGUUCCGGUUUUCAUCGGGAGCAGUUCGCUCCGAGUCUCCUUCACUGCGCCGGCGCUAGCCGCGCGUUCGCUGGUCGGGGCCCCCCGCUUGCCUGCCGCUGCCGACACAACACCAGGUGUAGAGGAGGAACCAGGUCGGAAGGCAACGCCCUCCGAACCCGUGCCGUCGAGGAAGCUAGAAGUGCCCCGAGAGCGAGUCGAGAUGCGUGCCCGCUGCGCUCGCCUCACUACCGGUGGCAAGGCAGCUUCAGUGGGCGACGUCGAACCCCGGGUCUGCAAUCGAGCACCCCGCGGAGCGACCCGAUUUACUGGUGCGGAAGAAACAGACAGCGGAUAACGACGAGCGGCGGUCCGAACACAGAGGCAGGCGCCACCGCGAGAUGUCCCGUAGAAACGAGGCCCCUGGUAAACGAGCAGCGCCCGGCUUCCACCUUUCUGGCACAGAGGCUGCCCUCGACGAGCCCGAACCCUUCGCAGCGCCACUGAAGCACAAACGACUGUUCGCUCCUCGGCUGCAGGAUCGAGAGGGACAAAGUACCGAAACGGAACUGCUCAGCUACGCAACUGUGAAAGAUAAUUAUUCUGGUCAGGUCGUAUUGUGCGAAGCUGUCGCGGAAGUGGGAAGUCCACCCGCCACCAAGGCUCCUUGGAGUGGGGCCGAGGCGUUGUCGGACGAAGGCGGCACCAGCAUCUCGGCCGGUGCAGCUCGCAAGAGCGGCCGAUGGACGGAAACCGCAGGCCUUCACAGCGCGGACAUGAACCGCGCCGUCCUCGUGGCCAUCCUGUGCGCAUUCGCAGUCAUCGUGGCAGUCCUUGCGCAGCAUGUCGUGAUGCAUAGGUCGGAUGGCGCCUGCUUCUCGGCUUCUACUUGGCUCAAGGAAAUGGACAAGCAGUGUAACUCUGCCGACUGCCUUACUGCCGUGAAGUUCAUCGCCGCUGCCAUGAACGCUUCAGCCUAGCCUUGCGCCAAGUCCUACACGCUCGCGUGCGGUCGCUGGCGGUCGUCCGUGUCGGCCUCGAAGAUCGAGCCAGACUGGACGUCGCCCACCGAUGGCAACGCCUCGUGCACGGCGUCCAUGAGAAGUGACUGCGUGGCCCCCGCCAACGAGAGCUUGUUGCGCGCUGCGCAGAAAUCGGCGACCUCUGACGUGCAGGUCAGUCACGCGGGCAAAGUCUACGCACCGUGCCUGGCAUCCUUCGUUGACAAGCGUCCGGGAGAAUCCGAGGUGCCCAGCUGUCGGAUCGUCAUGCAAGACGUGCAGUCGGUGCAGUACUUCUGGACGCAGCGUUGAGGGAACAGUCCAGUCCAGUUCUUUA